CGAGACUUGCGACAACUAUCAUAUCAUGGCUCACCGUCCGUCCGUCCGUUUAUGUAUGAAAUCAAAUUAGCCGAACUAUCAAACAUUUACUACUGAAAGCAACAUUUUACACAAACGCACACAAAUGUUCAAUCGAAACUAAGAAUAGAUGUGUGUCGUCGCUAGGCUAUUUUCAUGAAAUAUGAUUGGAUUCAAUUUUAGUGCUCAAAACCAAAAUAUAUUCAAUCAUUUCCAGAAAUUUUGGUUCUUUGAAUGGGAAUUUCGAAGAAAAAUUAAAUCCCCUCCUUCAGAAACACACACGAAAUAAAAGUCCAUAAUGACAUCGCCAGCGAUCGCAUGCCUUUUGUACGUUUUCGUCUGGGGCGAAACAGCUAUCCGUCUCACUUUCGCCCAAUACCAUUGCACGAACUUCCAAGAUUUUUCAUUCAUGGCGUCCAUUUUAUCGUUUUCAAUGAGACAACGACAGUGGCAGCGACGACGGUGAAAAAAAUGUAUUGUCGUUUAACGCAUCAAUGUGAAAUGGGUUAGAAGAAGAAGUUUGUGUAACAUUUAUGUGUAGUGUUCAUUUUAAACUUAAAAAAAAGUUAUUCCCAUUUGAAAUAAGCGUAAUUUUUUUUAGUAAAUACAACAAUUGAAUUUGUGGCUGAUAAUUUUUUUUUCGAGAAAAAGAACAAAAUUGGAUUGUAAGCGAUACAUAAGUGCAGAACUCAGCGAAUUUUUUUUCUUCUUUAUUCGAACGCUUGCCAUAUGUACUGUUGUUGCACGAAAAAGCGAAUAGUUCAAUGCGACACACAUUCUAUACAGUCUCUAUGUGAAACAUGAGUCAGGAUCUUGAAGAAAGUUUCGAGUCCAAUAGAGAUGGCAGCAACAGUGAUGGUUCUUCAUCCGGUAGCGACAGUGAUUCCGAUGGAUCGUCGUCUUCAUCGAGCAGCGGCUCAUCAAGCUCGUCAAAUUCAAGUAAUGCAUCACGACAAAGUCACCAGUCAAACAGUGCAAAUGUAUCAAAAACGGUAGCCAAUAAUUCAAGUGGAGGAUCAACGUUGAAUCAGUCAAAAGGUUCAACAAAUCAUUCGUCGUCGGAGAAAUCGGCUUCCGAUGGAUCACAAUCCAGCUCAGAUGAUAGCUCCGACAAUGAAAAUGCCGAACAAAAUAACUCAAAUAACGCAAGUAGUGCAAAUUCCGAUUCAAAUGACUCGGACAACGCUGAAAAUGAAUUGAACCAAGAGCCGGAAUCGAAGAGUAGCGACGAUGACGAUGAAAGUUAUCAAGAAACAAAACGAACGCCACGGCCGAGAAAGGCGACACAGCCACCCAAACGUACGGCAGCAAAUAAUCGACGAAAGAAAAAAUGGGAUGAAACAUCGGAUGAGGACAGUGCCUCAAUGGAGCCAAGUAAUAGCGAAGAUGAACGAUAUAGUGACCAAAAUCGUAGACCACGCAGGCAAGCUGCAGUUGCAACAAAAAAACAACAAGCCAAACGAAACGCAGCCAGAAGGAAAAACUAUUCCUCAGGCGAUGACAGUGAUUCCGAUGACGAACAAAAAAGGUCUGCGACUCGUCGUACGGCAGCUGCAGUUAGUUAUAAAGAGGCUAGUGAAGACGAAAAAACCGAUUCGGAAGACUUGAUUGAUGUGGACUAUGAUGAACCAUCAGUAUUAGCGAACCAAGACGAAUCGGACAAAAGUGAGACGAUCGAACGUGUGAUUCAACGGCGAAUCGGCAAACGAGGAGAUACAGGUAACAAGACAACGAUCUAUGCAAUGGAAGAUCAGAAUGGUGUGAGUUCGGAUACACAAAACGACACCAAGUCAAUGGCAUCGACAAAACAUGGCAAUGACACCGAAGUACAGUAUUUAAUCAAGUGGAAGGGUUGGUCAUACAUCCAUUGCACGUGGGAAUCCGAAGAAACAAUACGGGAACAAAAAGUCAAAGGCAUUAAAAAGCUGGAGAACUACAUCAAAAAGGAGCGUGACAUUGAAUAUUGGCGAAAGUAUGCGAAUGUUGAGGACAUCGAUUAUUACGAAUGCCAAUUGGAACUGCAGCAGGAUUUAUUGAAAUCCUACAACAAUGUUGAACGAAUCAUUGCCGAGUUACAAAAGCCGGACGGUGCAUUAGAUUAUUUGUGCAAAUGGGAAAGUUUACCGUAUGCCGAAGCAACGUGGGAAGACUCUGAACUUGUGCUACUCCAUUGGCCCGAGAAGAUUCAAGAUUUUACACGGCGCGAACAAUCGGUUCAAACGCCAUCCCGCCAAUCCCGUGCCAUCAAGUAUCGUCCAAAGUUUCAUCAGCUCAAAGAGCAACCGGAGUACAUGGGCGAGGAUAGAGGACUCAAGCUACGUGACUACCAAAUGGAUGGUCUGAAUUGGUUAAUCUUAACAUGGUGCAAAGAGAAUUCUGUGAUCUUAGCCGAUGAAAUGGGUCUGGGAAAGACCAUCCAAACCAUAUGUUUUUUAAAUUAUUUGUUCAAAUCGCAAUCACUGUACGGACCAUUUUUGUGUGUUGUGCCGUUGAGUACGAUGACCGCAUGGCAGCGUGAGUUUGCCAUUUGGGCGCCAGAAAUGAACAUCAUCACAUAUUUGGGCGAUGUUCAAUCACGUGAAAUUAUCCGGCAAUAUGAAUGGUGCUUCGCAAAUACGAAUCGACUGAAAUUCAACGCGAUUCUCACCACUUAUGAAAUUUUGCUAAAAGACAAAGCAUUUUUGGGAUGCGUCAGUUGGGCCGCCUUACUUGUUGAUGAGGCGCAUCGUUUGAAAAACGAUGAUUCGCUUCUGUACAAAGCACUGUACGAAUUUGAUACAAACCAUCGGCUUUUGAUCACCGGUACACCGCUACAGAAUUCGCUGAAAGAGCUGUGGGCUCUAUUGCAUUUCAUUAUGCCAGCCAAAUUUACCAAUUGGGAAGAAUUUGAAACAAUACACGAGAAUGCAGCCGAAAAAGGAUAUGCACGAUUGCACAAGCAAUUGGAGCCGUAUAUUUUGCGGCGUGUAAAAAAGGACGUCGAGAAAAGUCUUCCGGCUAAAGUGGAGCAAAUCUUGCGCGUGGAAAUGACAUCGAUACAAAAACAAUAUUACAAAUGGAUUCUGACGAAGAAUUUCAAUGCACUGCGAAAGGGUUCAAAGGGUUCGACGAGCACAUUCUUGAAUAUUAUCAUCGAAUUGAAGAAAUGCUGUAAUCAUGCGUCGCUGAUACGACAACAUGAAUUAGAGCAAACGUACCAGCACAGUGAUGCUCUUCAAAUGCUUCUCAAGGGCUCUGGAAAACUAGUGCUGCUCGAUAAAUUGUUGUGUCGACUACGGGAAACUGGUCAUCGUGUACUCAUUUUCAGUCAAAUGGUUCGAAUGUUGGACAUUCUGGCGGAAUAUUUGCAAAAGCGGCAUUUCACAUUUCAACGACUGGACGGCAGCAUUAAAGGAGAGAUUCGAAAGCAAGCAUUGGAUCACUUUAAUGCUGAAGGCUCUCAGGACUUUUGCUUUUUGCUGUCGACACGUGCUGGAGGCUUGGGCAUUAAUUUAGCUACUGCCGACACCGUUAUUAUCUUUGAUUCCGAUUGGAAUCCACAGAAUGACUUACAAGCUCAAGCAAGAGCACAUCGUAUCGGCCAAAAGAAUCAAGUGAACAUUUAUCGAUUAGUUACUGCACGUAGUGUUGAAGAGGAUAUUGUUGAGCGUGCCAAGCAAAAGAUGGUUCUCGAUCAUUUAGUUAUUCAACGAAUGGACACAACGGGUCGAACAGUUUUGGAUAAGAAUAGUUCGUCAACAUCGACACCAUUCAAUAAGGAUGAUUUAUCGGCAAUUUUAAAGUUUGGCGCUGAGGAAUUGUUCAAAGAUGAAGCUGAGGGCGAUGGAGACGAUUUGAUAUGUGAUAUUGAUGAGAUUCUACGACGGGCUGAGACACGUGAUGAGGCACCAACAAUGGUUGGCGAUGAACUCCUUUCUGCAUUUAAAGUUGCAUCGUUUGCUGCAUUUGACGAAGAUGCCGAAGAAUCGGUUGUUAGUCCAUCAACCAAAUCUGCGUAUAAUAAAUUGAGUAGGGGAAACGAUGCAAUCAACGAAGGAGAGACGUCACAAGACUGGGAUGAAAUUAUACCCGACCAUUUCCGCAGAAAGGUCGAAGAAGAAGCGCGCAACAAAGAAAUGGAAGACUUGUAUCUACCACCCAGAAAUCGAAAAACCUUACAACAAAUCAACCAGCAGGCCGAUGAAAGUGGCGAAAAACGGGGCAAAAAACGGAAGAAGCGAAAAAGCGAGGAUGACAGUGAGAAUGAAAGUGCCGCAGGAAGUGACGAGGAUCGACCGAAAAAACGUGGACGACCAUCGCUCAAAGAGAAGUUCUGCAAUUUCACUGAUGCUGAACUGCGCAAGUUUAUCAAGAGUUACAAAAAGUUUCCGGUGCCACUGAAGAGACUCGAUGCGAUUGCAUUAGACGCUGAACUACAGGAAAAACCAUUGACCGACUUAAAAAAGAUCGGUGAAAUGUUACGGGAUCGUUGUGUCAAAUUUUUGGCCGAGCUCAAAGAUCUGCCGCCACAAGAUAAAAAAGCGGCCAAAGCUGAAGCCGAAGCCGACGGCGAGGGUGGUAAAAAGAAAGGCGUUCGUGCUGGAUUUUCUAUAAAAUUCGGUGGUGUUUCAUUUAAUGCAAAAACACUGAUGGCAUGUGAAGAAGAGCUGGCACCGUUGGAUGAGGUCAUACCAAGUAAUCCGACGGAGCGGGCUAAAUGGCUGUUUGACAUUAAAACCAGACCGGCCAAUUUCGAUGUAGAAUGGUCAGCCGAAGAUGACUCAAGACUGUUACGUGGCAUCUACCAAUAUGGUAUUGGAUCGUGGGAGGCAAUGAAAAUGGAUCCAUCGCUGAAUCUCUCUGAAAAAAUAUUAGCCAAUGACAGUAAUAAGAAACCGCAAGGAAAACAUCUACAAUCACGCGCUGAAUACUUACUCAAGAUCAUUCGAAAGAAUUUGGAACUAACGAAAGGAAUGGGCAAAGGUAAGGGUAAGAAGCCACGCAAACCGAAAGAACCGAAACCGGCCAAAUCCAAAGAUAUUAUUGAGCACGAUGCUGUUUCAUCGGCCGAUGACGAGAAAAAGUCAAAGAAAGAACCGAAGAAGGAGCCACAUGCACCAGUCGUUGCUGCCGUCGCCCAUGAGAACAACAAUUCUAAUGAUCGUACAAUACAACCACCAGCACAGCCACACAAUCAUCACCAUCACCAUCAUCAUCAUCAUCAGCAGCCUUCUCAAAGUAUACCCAACAGCCACGAUGAAGUCAGCAAUGGUUCAACUACCAAGGAAACUGCCAAAAAUUCAACAAAAAAAUCGAAAGCAAAUAAGGAAAAGAAAAAUAAAACGAAAACUGAAGGUCCGAUGCAUUUCACUGCUAACAAUGAGCCGGCUCGGCUGGACGUGCUUGGCGGUCUGGAUCCAUCGGUGUUCAACGAAUGCAAAGAGAAAAUGCGACCCGUCAAGAAGGCGUUGAAAGCGCUCGACAAUCCCGACCAAACUCUCAGCAAUGCCGAUCAAGUGAAUCACACAAGGGCUUGCUUGGUUAGCAUUGGCAAACAAAUUGAAUUAUGUCUUGCAGAGUACAAAGAACAAGAGAAAAUCAAAGAGUGGCGAAGUAAUUUGUGGCACUUUGUUUCGAAAUUCACCGAAUUCGAUGCAAAGAAACUGUUUAAAUUGUACAGACACGCCAUUAAAAAGGAGGAUGAGGGUGAUGGUAAGUCAUCAGCAACGUCAUCGCCGGUUAAAAAUGCAAAAGAUUCAGCGAAAGAAUCAAAAGGUGGCCAAGAACAUAAGGAUAAAUCAGGGCAUAAUUCAGACGAAAAGCAACUGCGCAAGGAAAAGAAGAGAAUGCAACGCGAGAAAGAGCGCAGAGAACGGGAUGAACACAACAACCGUUAUCGGCAAGAUGACACGAGUAAUAGUCUGGAAAAUGGCACCAGUUCACACAAAGAUGAAGCGAGCAAACGAAGGCUUGAGGAAGGUGAACUCGAAGAACCGCCAUCGAGACCAUACAAAAGGCAACACACGGACAACAGAACUGGUCGACCGGGCAAAGAAGAUCGAAGCCGAUGGGAAUCAAAUGACCAUGAGCACGGUCGUGUUCGACACAAUUCUGGUUCACAUUCUCAGCCACCAGGCACACCUCAUCUACCAAACACACCGCAACGCAUGCCGCCCGGCUAUGAAGGCCGAGAUCGUGCAAUGUACACUUCGGGUGGCGACUCAGAGCGAUGGCGCGGUGACAGAUACGGCGAUCACAAACGCUUUGAUGGCUACAAUCGAGGAACACCACACGGUUACCACAACAGAGACAGAGAUCAUCGGGACAGAGAUAGGGAUCGAGAAAGAGGAGACCGAAGAGGCAUUGAUAACAGAAGCAGAUAUCCGCCGAUGGGAUACCCAAGCAACCAUUACAUAUCUCACAAAGCACCGUACUAUCCUCCGGAAGGCGGUCCAAAUCCUGCGAAUAGUAGUGGCGGUGCUGCCUACCGAUAUCCACCUGGCAGCAGUUCGGAUUGGGGACGAGAACGUGACUUUGAUUAUCGGCGUGAUUAUGAUCGAAGGGCACCGCCGCCAUCGGGCACUUCAUAACAAAAUGCAAACUCUGAAUGAAGCUGAAUGUUCGAAUUAGGUCGAAAGAGAAUCGGUCUCUUGUGUGAUGUUUAAAAUUAUUCGAAGCAAAAAACACGAUAUUCCUUUCCUUUAACUUAUUUGCUUAAGGUCAUAAGAAUAACAACAAUAAAAUCUCUUCGCGAAGAGAUGACUGCAGUUACAGCAAACAAAUAAAAUGAACUUUUUUUAUGCGUGAAAGGAAACAAAUAAAUGAAAAUGAACGUAAAUUCUAUUUUUGGUUAUAUGAUCAGCACAAACAAUUUCAGCAUACACUAGCAACAACAAAAAAUGUAUGCCUUCAUACAGAAACCUAAUUAUUAUUGUAAUGCAAAAAAGAAA